AUAAUGACAGAAAUCGAGAAUUUGAAGACAUACAAAUACCUGAGUUCUGAUAAGAAGAACCAUUUAAAGUUAUUGAAUGAGAAAAAGAUUAUCUUAUAUGCAGCCAUGCUACUAGAAAGUGAAAAUAAUACAACAAUCAGCUUGUCUUUGGAUGUUCUAGACAAUUUCGUUUCCAAUGAAGAAACUCAUUAUAUUUUACUAUCUACAUUUGGGAUUUAUGAAGCUCUAGAAUCAUUAUCAAUUAGGAUGAGAAAUAAGAACUUUGAAAUUUACCACAGAAGUAUCGACAUCACUGAAAUUUUGAGGAAUUCUGCACCCCCUGCUCUGAACACACGUAGUAGAAAAAGGGGUAUCGCCAAAAGACAUCAACUUUAUUCAUUAUAUCUAAUGAAUUUAACAAAGAAUGAUUCCGCAAUCCUGGAGCAAAUUCUCCUAAAAAUCAAAGGAAUCAUUUCGUUUGUACUUGAUGUUGAAAUGAGAAGAUGCACCAUAAGGAUUUGUUCAAAAAUCACUAUAAACGAAGUUAUAGAAAAGCUGCAUAUUAAAUUGAAUAUGAAGGCAUUUGUUGUUACUAGAAAUGUACAGACAGGAGAAGAGGAAUACAAAGAUAUUAUGAAUAAUACCAUAAACAGAAGUUAUCUUGAGUAUCCUGAAGACGAGACACUUUCUCCAAAAGGCAAAGCUGUCAUAGAAACUGCAAGACUCGUCAAAAAUAGUAACAACAUAAUCGAGUCCGUACUCAAUUUAUGGAAUGAAGCAUUUUAUUGGUAG